UUUACGAUCCCGACGGAAUUAAGGGCCCCCCGGAUCCUCGCUGGGAGGUGGCGGGCGCUGUGCGCGCCCAAGGCAGGAGAAGAGAUCCACGUGCUCUGCGAAGAGGUGCAUGAGGUGUUGACGGGGCCGCACUGGGCGAUGCCGCUGCCCCGCAGGAGCGGAGCGGACAGCACGGGGGGGUACAUGUCAGCGCCCCCGGCGCCCGCCGCCGCUCCGUGGGAUGGAGCGGCACGGACGGUCCGGCGGGACCCGCUCCCAGCGCGGCGUCCUACCCACGUGGCGAGCCCUGCCGCGGAAGGGCGUUCCUUCCCGGACCGCCAAUCAAAAAGCCGGUUGCUCUUCCCACGGACCAAUCAGCGCUCGGGGAACUCGCGUUUAAACUCUGUUCCCGGGAGCUGCGAGCAUCGCUGUGUGACAGGGAGAGGGCGGGGUGCGGCUCUGUGUGCCAAUCAGAGGCGCGGAAGCGGUUAUUGGCACGCGGUUCAGCCAAUGGGGUUGCCGAGAGGAGCGCGGUGUCUCCCUGCGGAGCGGUUGGUUUCAGCGGGGGAGCUCCUCGGGGACCGUCGGGGCAGCCCGGCCGCGGGGGGCUCCAGGGCGCCGGGCUGCGCCGCAGCGGUCAUGGCUAAAGGGAAGAACAUGCCCAAAGCCAGGGCGGGCGGCGCGGAGGAGGAGAAUGUGUUUAUUGGUCAAUCCAAAAUCUACAGCUACCUGAAUCCUAACAAAACUCCUGGUGCUCGCCCCCCGCUUCAAGAGGAAAACUCUGUCAUGUAUCACGAGGUGAAAUGUCAGGGCAAAACACUAAGCAAAACCUACAGGAAAGGAGAUGGAAAAAAGAAUGGUGGCAAUAUAAUCGAAGGUGCUAUGAAACCAGAAGACCAGAAAGAUAAAGAAGGUGGGUGCAAUACUUCGGUGGCCUCCUCUGAUCAAAACCAAGAAACUGUAGAAGCUCAAAAGACACCGCUGCCUUCGGGCUGUGCUGAGGAGGCCAAUGCAAAGCCAGCUCAGAAAAAGGUGGUUAAAGCAAAACGUGGACCAAGGAGAAAAACACAAGGAAGAACACCAAAUCGAAAAGUAACAGAUUAUUACCCAGUUAGAAGAAGUUCCAGGAAGAGCAAAUCUGAAUUGGAGACUGAGGAGAGGAGGAAAAUAGAUGAGCUAAUUACAAGUGGAAAAGAAGAGGGAAUGAAGAUUGAUUACAUCGAUGGCAAAGGCAGAGGAGUAAUUGCUACUAAACAUUUUAAUCGAGGAGAAUUUGUAGUUGAAUAUCAUGGGGAUCUCAUAGAGAUCACUGAUGCUAAAAAGCGAGAAGCCGUGUAUGCUCAAGAUCCAUCCACAGGCUGCUAUAUGUACUAUUUUCAGUACCUCAGCAAAACGUACUGUGUUGAUGCUACAAAAGAAACUGAUCGUCUGGGAAGACUGAUUAAUCACAGCAAAUGUGGCAAUUGUCAAACAAAGCUUCAUGACAUUGACGGUGUGCCUCAUCUCAUACUGAUAGCUUCCAGAGACAUUAAAGCAGGUGAAGAACUGUUGUACGACUAUGGAGACAGAAGCAAAGCUUCCAUUGAAGCUCAUCCAUGGCUGAAACACUAAUUCAUCUUCCUUGUUUGGGUUUAUUUUUUUGGACUGAGUGCUCUACAAGGAGUCAGUGGAAUUUGUUUUUUCCCCUCACUUCCCUCAGCUUUCUUAGUGGACUGCUUAUGGUGUUCUGAGCUCCUUAAAAACUACCUUUUGGCUUUGCAAUAUUUAAGUACCUAUUACAGUUUUCCAGGCAGGCUUGAAUAAUUGAUCUUAGAUUGCCAAAACUUUUAUAUCAUGAAAGGAAACCCUCCCUAACAUUUGAAUGCGUCUGCAUAGUGACCAGUGCCACUUGAACAUGCAAAGACUUGCACAGAAACUUAAUCACUUGGGUUGUGCUUCUGCUUUUGCGAUGAAAUCUCGUGCUCCACUUUGUGGGGUGGUGAACUUGGCGUUAGCUUUAUGAUGGCAGAUGUACUUCUGUACUCUGACAUCCCAUGGCUUCCCUGCUUGUCAGGCUGCAUUUUACAACCCAGUGCUGACAGGCUUCCCUGAGAUGGAUGCGACUGUUUCUAUCAUUCUCAAAUAAUUUGUGGUAGGGAUCCGGAUUUUCCAGUGUCAUAUCUCAUGUUGGCAAUGAACUUUAAAUGCACUGGCGCUGAGGGAAAUGGAUGGUCAAACUGGCUGCUUUCUUCAGAGGAAUGACUCCAAGCCAAAUAAGGAUGGAUUUUGAUAGACUGGGUUGACACUGAUUAGAAAUGUGAAGACAGAACUUCACAGUGAGAAUCAAUGUUUGACAUGACUUAUUUUCUAAAACUUAAGACGGUACCUUUUUAUAGUUAAUGGCUGAUUCUCAGAGGUGUCUUCUGGAAAAUUUUAAAGAAGUAAAAGAAAAAGCUCUCUUCAAAAAUUUUUAUUACCUUCCUAUGCUAAUUAGCCAUAUCAGAAGCUAUUUAUUUACUGUGAAUGCUUGAAGUAGAGCAUAGUGGUUCCAAAAAAUAGGAGUCAUCUUCAUAUGCAGCUUCGAACUGUAAUGAUGGAGUUCAUGCAAUGAAGAAAGUAGAUUCCUUAUUGCCUGGUCCUGUAGGUCUGUCCAGCGUGGUCUGGUCCCACUGUCUUAAAUGGGAGUUGAGCGCUUAGCAUCUUGUGGAUGUUCAUAACGUUACUGUUGGAGAACCAAAUCUGUGAUAUAGGCGGGCAAUACAAUGCAGGUCCUUUAUGUUAAAGAUGAAUUCUUACCAGUUGGAAUUUUUGCCAAGGCAAGCUUGGCGUGUGUGUAGAUGAAAAUGGCUGUGAGCCAUCAGCCACGCUUGCUGCUGGGAGAUGUCGGCAAGGGAUCUGUGGCUCUGUUCUCGUCUUCUGUUCCUCACGUCUUGAAGGCUGCUGCUGUUCCAGCUCAUGCCCUCUAGCACAAUCUUAUUCGCUUGCCUAUGUGAUAGGUCAAAUAGCAACAACAUCCUGGUUGUACGCUCCAGCAGCAAGAGAGGUGGCUUAGUGAUGUAUUUUUUAAAUUAAAAACUUGAAGACAAUGUCUCUGUAAAAUAAAGAAUAUAUUUAUUAUUGAUGAAGUGGCUGCUAUAGUACCUGUCUCCAUUGCAGAUAAUUAGCAUUUUGAAAGAAAGCUGUGAAAAUCGUUAGCCAUUAAAUGCUUUAUAUUAUUUACCACUUAACACAAGGCAAGCUCAUCAGAGACAGCCUGUGUGUUUUGACCAUUUCUGAAGAAUUAACUGGAGACCUGUUACCUGUUACAGGUAAGCUUCUCUGGCUGACCUUUUUGAGUUGACACUCAUUUUUCUCUGGUCCCAGAGACUACAGCAGUGUACGGUAUCCUGUUUUAUUAGAGCACUUCCCUGAAGUCAAAAUUAGAAUAAAAUGCUUUUUUUAAACAUUUGGUUGUUCUCUAUCAAGUCAGAUAGCUUAAAAUCUUUGUUCUUCAGCAUCACUUUUGUGAACAAGAAAGGGGGAAGAUCUCUCCCUGUUCUACGUAAAAAGAAAAUUGUCUUCUCUGAAACGCUUAACUGGUAAUGAAGUAGCACUGCAUCGGAAGAUGGUAAUAAAGCUGAUGUUGCACUGA